AUGCCAAUUGAAAUUAGUCUGUUUAACUUAAGAUCACUUGCAGUUCGAUAUUCGAUAAGCUUUCUAUCAUAUUUAUUUGAACAUCUUCCACAAUUAGAAGAACUUGACUAUUCGCCAACUCAUCCUUGGUUACCUGAUGAAGAUCCAUUCAAAGAUGAUGAUAAUAAUGAAGUAACUGCUAUUAAUAAACGUCUUGCUUCAAAUCUACGUUGA